AUGUUCAUAUUGCUUGCUCCCAUCGCCUGUGGACGAACUCUCGACCACUCCAUAACUUCGUUCAACCAAGUUUGCCUCCCACCAACGGCUAUGUUAGGCAUUCCCAAAAAGCCCGCCAACAUGCGAUCGCAAUUUCUGAUCGCAAUCAACCGUCUAGGAUCUGGAACACUGGCUUUAAGCUUGUCAACGAUACCCGCUCUUAAAUGCACCGCGCUCAUACCGAUCAUCUCCUUCCGUACUCAGCAGCUGCCCAUCUUGCAUGCCCUGGCAGAGUGCGCAGUUAUGGAACCGUUUGCGAACUGGAUCACAGCUCAAUUCAGUGAUACUUCACUUGACUUUUCCGUGAGACAUGCGUUCGCAGUUAUCUUCAAGGGCGCCGUCAUGCAAUACACCCAGAAGAGCUUUGGAGAUAUCCUUGAGAGUUGUGGCACUCAGGGCGUGUUUGUUCAUAAUCAGCUGGCGGAAAUCGAGGCUCCCAAUCGAUGUAACGGUAUCCCAGAAGGAGAAAUUCUAGUUCUUUGCAUUUGCCUGGCCACUGAAAUCCUUCUUGACCGAUACCAGAUCCCCAAAGCCACCAAGCCAGAAUCCAUAAUAGCAAAGCACGAGGAAGGAUAUAUUUCAGAGAUGCUGAAGCUCCAGGGGAGUAUUCACGAAGGACACAGAAGCGAGGCGUACAACAAUCGCAUACUCCCUCAUUGCCGGCCCAUAAUCCUAGCAAUCGGCCAGAAUGUCUCGGCCGAAUCGGUACCGAAUUAG